GUCGAUAACAUUUAACAGUGCAGAUCAGAAACUCCAAAGACUCUGAGACUCUGACGCCAACAUGCUCUCGUUCCUCUACUUGUUUGGUCUGACUCUGGGGGCUGUGUCUCCUUCAGACGGCUAUCCGGUGGAGCUACAGCGUGGCAGCUGUCCCAUGUUCUGGUUCAGUUUCAACGGCCGCUGCUACAAGUACGUCGCUACACAUUUGACCUGGGCUGAUGCAGAGCUCCACUGUGUGUCACAGGGAGGCAACCUGGUGUCCAUCCACAGUCUGGAAGAAGAGAAUUUCGUCAAAUCCCUGAUCAGGAAUUUUGACCAUGCUCAGGGAGCGACCUGGAUUGGACUCAGCGACACCCAGAAAGAAGGAAUUUGGAUGUGGUCUGAUGGUAGCAGAGUGGACUAUGUCUAUUGGAAUAAAGUACAGCCAGAUAACUACAGAGGAAAUGAACGCUGUGUUCACAACAACUAUGAUAAAGAUUUCAAAUGGAAUGACGUGCCAUGUUUCAGUAGUAAUCCCUCUGUUUGUGCAUCUCAUAUUACCUGUCCUUAGCAGUUGAGAUGUAACAUGGUUGAACCCUGGUCACUGUUCACCUGUUGCUCUGUUGACAUGCAUUAGGCCUCCAGAAUAAAGACACAGAUGUGCAUUUA